AUGGCAGCACCAAAGUCUAGAGCUCCCCUCUACCUUGGCACAGCGGCAGCCGCUGGCGUAGGCUACUACCUCUACAAAGCAGGCGGGUCACCAAAGGCCGCAGAGAAGGAGCUGGAGCAUGAUCUUUCCAAAGCUUCGAGCAAAAUAAAGUCGGAGUUGCCUGGACGUGCCAAUCGAGUUGAGAAAGAAGGUGAGAAAUGGGCAACUGAGGCUGGUGCAAAGGUGGACGCUCUGACCGAGCAAGCAAAAUCAAAGCUCUCAAAAACCGGGGCUGAAAUUGAUCAAUACCGCAAGGACGCCAGCAAGGACAUUAACAAGAAAAUUGAUGCAGUUGAUCGGAAAUUCGAAGAAGGUGCAGAGAAGGCUAAGGGUGGCAUCACAAGCUGGUUUGGUGGUGGAAAGUAA